AUGCAAACACAAGACUUGGGAUAGCUAGUAAAUGCAUUACAAUUAACAUAUGGUUCCUCGUAAGAAAGCGUUAGUGCUGGAGAAGCCUUAUUAAAGUAGGCUUCCAUGCAACCAUUAUAUGCAAUUUCCUUGUUAAAGAUAGUGGAUGAUUAGACUUAAUAGGAUCUUGUCAGAUAAAGUGCAGUGGUGAAUUUAAAGACUUUUUUGGAGAGACAUUGGGGAUAAAAGAAGGAGCCUGGACACUUUAUUGUGAAUCCAGACGAAAAGGCUCUGAUUAGGGCAGCAAUUAUAGAUGCUUUAGCAAGAUGCAUUUAAGUUAAGAAGUUAAGAUCAUAAUAUGAAGACUUAAUUUACAAAUUAGUAGCCAUUGACUUUCCUAAGGAUUGGCCACAAUUAGUGCAAUAAUUGGUUAUCAAAUUAUAGAACUACACAUCAUAUGAAGAUUUGUGGAGUGCUUUGUUGACUCUACGUAGAACAUGCGAAGUUCAUUAGUUUUUAUUGGACAAUGAUCGUAAACCAUUGGAACCAUUGGUGGCAUCAACGUUUCCAAUAUUGGAGACCUUGAUUCAAAAGUUCCUUGAAAAUUACAACGAAUAAAGUGGAUAAUUGGUGAAAGUCAUAUUGAAAAUAUUCCAUCAUGCCACUCAUUUAGUCAUGCCCAUAUAUAUGAGAGAUUUUAAUGCUGUUGCAAAGUGGAUGUUGUUUUUCAAGACAAUCAUCUCUGCUCCCACUCCUCCAGAAUUGGCAUCCUUUACUUAGGAUUCUGAAGAGGAAACAAGGAGAGAAAAGACAUACAUAUGGUCAAAUAAAAAAUGGGCUAGCAGAAUUAUAUUGAGAUUUAUCCAGAAAUUUGCAAAUAAAAAGAUGGUUGAUCCUGAUAUGGCUGAUUUUGCAGAACAUAUUAAAAGCACUUAUGCUAUUGGAUUUAUGGAGUUGUUUUAUAAAAUACUUACUGACAAUUCCUAAUUCCAAGGACCUCGAACAUGUUUGUUUGCACUCAAAUAUUUAUAUUACUCUCUCAAAUUAGACAAUACCAAAGAAUUAUUGAAAGCUCAUUAUGAUAAAUUGAUCUAUCAUGUUGCUAUUCCCAAAAUGUAAUUGACUCCAAGAGAUGAUGAAUUAUGGAAGAGUGACCCUGAAGAAUACAUCAAAAGACUGGAUGACUUUUCACUUUCAACUUACAAUAUCAAAAAUCCAGCUAACGAUCUUUUAUAAGAAAUUUGUCAAUAAACAGAUGCAAAUGGUAAUCUGAUGCUUAUUUAAUUUCUUAAUUAUUGCCAAAAUGCUUUCAAUUCUAACGUAGAUCCACUGACCAAUCAACCUUUAAAUUUACUCAAAAAAGAGGCUUUACUUUGGGGAAUUGAAUGUUUAGUUCAUUAAAUCUAAAAAAUCGAUGCAAUCAAAGAAGGAUUGGAAUAAAUUUUAGAGAAACAUAUUUUGCCUGAGUUUUAGAACCCAGUUGGAUUUUUAAGAGCACGUGCUUGCCAUGUUUUUAAUGAAUAUGGAACAAUUGAAUUCAAAAAUAAAUAGAAUAUUCAAUUAGCAGUACAAGGAAUAUCUAAAUGUAUUUUGGAUAAAGAAUUACCAGUGAAAGUAGCAGCAGCAAUCUCAUUUAGUUAAAUAUUAUAAAAUAAAGAAGCUUAGGAUUUGAUUCGACCAUAGUUGAGUUAAGUGUUGGAAAUCUACAUCAAAUUGAUGGAUUUAAUUGACAAUGAAAGAAUAGUCAGAUCAUUGGAAGAAAUAGUCAAAAACUUUACUAAUGAAAUUACACCAUAUGCACAUUAAUUGGCUGCACAUAUUGCUACAAUAUUUUAGAAAUAUUGCAAUAAAUAGAAUUAAGGUGAGGGUGAUUCAGAUGAUGAUGGUGAAGCUGAAUUGGCUGCUUCUGGAUGUCUUGAAGCAAUAAAGAGGAUCUUAAAUGCACCACUUCAAUAAGAAUCUUAUGUGCAAUUAGAACCAGUGAUAUUUCCAAUUAUCAACUUUGCUUUGACAGAAUCAGGAUGUGAUUUCAUCAAUGAAGCACUGGAAAUAUUAAACAUAAUGCUCUACAAGAAAAAACAACUAACACCUGGAUUAUGGUUCUAUUAUCCAGUGUUAUGUUACAUUAUCAUUGGAUUACCAUAAGAAACUAAUGUAUAUGCUCUUUAAGGAUUGACAGAAGAAUAAUAUAUUUUAUUGGAAGGAUGCAAAAAGGAUUGGGGUAGUGAAUUUGUUACUCAAAUGUUGGGAUCAUUUAGAAAUUACAUCCAAAAGGGUGGAAGCACAUUCUUGACUUAAACUGAUUUCUUUGGAAACUCAUUCAUCUCACUGAUUUUCAGAUUUAUUCAGAAGACCUAUACAAUUGCUGAGAAUGGUUCAGAUGAGACAGACCAAAAUCAAGUUACUACUAUAUUGAUUGCUUUAAUUGAGAACUUCCCAGGAUAAAUAGAUAAUUUAAUUCCACAAAUUGUAGACUUCACAUUAUUAAAUAUAUCGAAAGAGAAGAAGACUAACAAAUUCAAGAUGGUUAAUAUUGGAGUCCUCAAUAUGUGCAUAUGGUACAAUCCACAACUUGUUCAAAACUACUUGAACAGUAAGGCAAUAACAGACUAAAUAUUGUAGACCUUGUUGUCAAUGGAAAAACACUAUAAAUAUGAAUGGGAUAUCAAUAGAUUAAUCUUUGCUCUCUGUUAAUUAUAUUCGCUCCCUUAAAUUCCUAAUUAUUUGUUGACAGCAUCUUCAGAAAUAGGAAAGUUGUUUGUGAGAUUGUCAACUAAGAUUUUAGAAUUGAGAGAGGAGGAAGAAUCCUGUGAAUAAGAAGAUUAAGCAGAGGAGGAAGAGGAUGAUUAAAAGAAUAAGGCAGACAAAAUCUAGGAUUUGGAAUAGGAUGAAGAAGAUGAUGAGGAUGAUGAUUAUGAUGAUGAGGAGGAUGAUUAUGCUGAAUUAUAUGAUAGCCCAUUGGAAGAUUACGAUGCUAUCUUACUGAUGGAGAAAUUGAUAUUGACUCUACAAUAAAGCUGUCCUCAAUUGUAUACAGGACUAUUCUCAUAACUGACAUAAUAGGAACAAGAAUAGAUGACUAAGAAUAUAAAGGAAGCCAAAGAAUAAUAUGAUGAAUGGAUGAAGUAGAAAUAGCAAUAAUAAUUGAAUAAAUGA